CCUACAGGGUUUUAGGGGGAUCUUCAUUUGGAGGAGUCAAAAGAAGCCAGGCGACCAGUGAUGAUGAAAGUCCACAGCUGAGCCCAAUCAGUCACCAAUCCGCAAUCAGAGAAUUAUGCGACCAAAAUGGCCUUUGGCCAUAACAGGCUGCUGCAGAUUUUCCAGACGAUCUUUGAGGUGAGAAGACAGCUGACGCAGAGAUGAGUGUCUACAGCGAUGCUUCCAACGAAGACCUGAGCGAUGAGUUGGAGACCCUGGGGUGGUACCACUACGACCUGUCCCGUCAUGCUGCAGAGGCUCUUCUCCUGUCCAAUGGAGCGGAUGGGAGUUACCUCCUGAGGAGCAGUAACGAUGGUCCCGGCUGCUUUGCCCUCUCCGUCAGAGCGAAGGAUUCAGUGAAGCAUUUUCAUGUGACACGCAGAGAAAAUGUCUACAUCUUUGGGUUUAACAAGUUCCCAAGCCUUCAGGAUUUUAUCAGCCACUUUGCCAACCUGCCUCUCCUGGGAAGCGAUGCAGGGACCCUCAUCGUACUUAAGAGUCCGUAUCCAUGGCGUGUGGAGGAGCCGUCCAUCUAUGAGUCAGUGCGGGUUCACACCGCCAUACAGACGGGUCGGACGAAAGAUGAUCUGGUUCCCAAAGCACCGUCGCUGGGGACCAAGGAGGGCUAUCUAGUGAAACAGGGAGCAAUUGUGAAGAACUGGAAACAAAGGUGGUUUAUACUCCACAGAUAUGAACUGAAGUACUUUAAAGACAAAAUGUAUGAGGAGCCCAUUCGGACGUUGGAUUUAACAUCCUGUUCUGCAGUCCAGUUUGACUAUUCUCAGGACAAAGUCAACUGCUUUUGUCUCGUGUUUCCAGAGCGAACAUUUUAUGUCUGUGCAAAGACUGGAGUUGAGGCAGAUGAAUGGAUUAGGAUCCUCCAGUGGAAACUGUCACAGAUACGAAAAGGACGAUGAUGGGUGGCCAUGCAAACACAGGAAAACAACUCAGUCAUCACUGAAGAUCCCACGAUACUUGAAGGAAUGAGGCAGAUCUGGAAUAUGCUGCAGGACAUCUAAAUGAUCAGUUUUCAGUACAUUGCCAUUAGGCCCUUGACCAACUUAUUGAAGGAUUCUGACAGUUCUGUAAAGUUCCUGGACAAUGCUGUAUGAAGAACAGCAUUACUCUCUCAGAAGAAAACCGUAUUUUAAAACUCGCACAAAUAUGUUGUAUGUAAAUAAAAAUGAACUGGUUACAGUGUACAUUUUUGAUGCAAUGUUGGCUGUGAACCGAGACAUGUCAGUACAGUUUUGUUGGACAGCAGUGCACAAUGGGUUUGGCUGUAUUUGACAGCUGUAACUGACUCGUAGGUUGUUAUUGACUCGUAACUUGUAGUAAAACUCCAGAAGAUAAAAGGUGACUGUAGAGGCUCAUUACAAUCAGAACCAGUACCAAUAAGUAAGUCAGAGUCGUUCAUAUUGCGUUUUUGGUUAGAUUUGACUCCCUUGUAGGUGAUUUCUUACAUUUAUCUUAGCCAGGAGUAAAACUGCCUGAAACAUGCCUCUAAUUGAUAAAUGGAUUAAAGAAAAACUUGUGAAAUUGGUAAACUGAUUAUUAAUAAUCAUACUGUUUUUGGUACAUGUACUGUACCUUUAUUCUUGCUAUUAAAAAGACCACAUUCCCUCUUUU